AUGAGGUUCGGAUCAAUGACCCAGGAUCAAAAAUUCCUUGGAUCUCUACUGGACACAUUGGAAAAGAGAACGCCACUGCAAGGCAUGAAAUUCAUGGGCUGUGUAUUGGCUGUACAAUGUGGACAUUCCAGGGCAUGGAAUUCAUGGGUUGUGUAUAGGCUGUACAAUGUGGACAUUCCAGGUGCUCAGUUGGUGCAAGAAUUCUAUGGUGAGACUCUUCUAUAUGGCCCUUAG